AUAGGCUGGCCAAAAAUAAUAAAAUAAGCAAGCAAGUUCUUUCAAGCAUUGUAUGGAAGAAAUUGAACACAACUACACCCAAGUCAACGGGCUGAAGCUCCACACGGCGGAAAUCGGAAGCCGCUCUUCGCCAUCUGUGGUUUUCUUACACGGAUUUCCGGAUAUAUGGUACUCGUGGCGCCACCAGAUGAUCGCAGUCGCCAAGGGAGGUUUCAGAGCCAUCGCACUCGAUCACAGAGGAUACGGGCUAUCCGACCCGCCGCCCCGACCCGACCAAACCACAUUCUCGGAUCUCAUUGCUGAUCUGCUUGCUCUCCUUGAUUCUCUCAACCUUUCCAAGGUUAUUUUAGUUGGUAAAGAUUUUGGAUCACGGAUUGUUUACUUAUUCUCGCUUCUUCAUCCUUCGAGAGUAUCUGGAUUUAUCACAUUAGGCGUGCCUUUUAUUCCUCCAAGUCGUCCCUCAGCAGUGAAGCUCCAUAGCGAAGGCUCCUAUAUCUCUCGAUGGCAGGAACGAGGAAGAGCUGAGGCUGAUUUCAGCCGGUUUGACACUAGGACUGUGGUAAGAAAUAUAUACAUUCUUUUCUCGAGAAGUGAAGUGCCAACAGCUCUGGAGAAUCAGGAGGUCAUGGAUAUCGUAGACUCAUCGGCUCCUUUACCACCCUGGUUCACUGAGCAAGACCUCGACGUAUAUGCUUCUCUGUAUGAGAAAUCCGGAUUCCAAACUGCAAUGCAAGUACCGUAUAGGUCGUUAAAUGAAGAGUUCGGCAUUACAAAUGUGAAGAUUGAAGUUCCUGCAUUGGUGAUCAUGGGAGGGAAGGACUACUCGUUGAAUUUUCCUGGGAUUGCGGAAUACAUAAAGAGUGGAGUGGCGAAGAGUUAUGUGCCCAUGUAUGAAGCAACAUUGUUGCCAGAGGGUUCCCAUUUUAUGCAGGAACAAUUCCCUCACCAAGUUAGUCAGCUAAUACUUGACUUUCUUUGCAAUCACAGUUGAUUUUGAGGUGAAUGGUUGCAUACAUUUUCAUUUUUUUUGCCUUUUAUCCUACGGUUUAUG